AUGGCCCCAUACGAGGCACUUUAUAGUAGGCCUUGCUGCUCUCCUUUAUGUUGGGCUGAAAAGGAAGAAGUUCUCCUUGUGGGACCGGAGUUAGUGCAGCAAACCAUUGAAAAGAUUAAAGUAAUUCGGGAAAGGCUAUAUGCAGCCCAAAGCCGGCAAAAGAGCUACGCCGAUAAAAGGAGGAGGCUACUAGAAUUCGUAGUCAGGGACUUUGUUUUUCUCAAGGUCGUUCCAUAUAAAGGCAUUUUCAGAUUUGGAAAGAAAGGUAAACUCGCCCCAAGAUUAAUAAGACCAUUCAAGAUGGUUCAAAAGGUAGGAACACAAGCGUAUCGAUUGGCUCUACCACACACGUUCGCUCAUGUUCAUGACGUGUUCCAUGUGUCAAUGCUUAGGAAGUACCAUUCAGAUUCCUCACACGUUGUCAAGUGGCAUGAUUUGCAUUUGCAAGAAGACGCUUCCUACCUUGAACAACCUAUUCAAGUAUUGGAUUGGAAAGCAAAUGUUCUCCGUAAUAAGACUAUUCCACUUGUGAAAGUUUUAUGGCGACACCACGAAGUAGAAGAGGCAACGUGGGAGUUAAAGUCUGAUAUGCGAGAUAGAUUUCCUCAUCUUUUUCAUGAAUCAGAUAUUUUUCUAAAAAUUCGAGAGUACAGCUGUCCGAAUUUUACAUCUGUUGGAAAUCAGAUUUUACUUGAAUUAUUUGACCAACUUUUCGAGAACGGAUCUUUAUAA